UGGUUCCCAUGUGUAGCUCUCAGGAGGUGGUGAGUCUCUAUGCAUAAGCCAACAGGAGGCAGCGAGUAGAGUAGCUGGGUGCUAUCUCAGGCGGCCUAUGCAUUGGAAAGAGUCCAACUGUUGUUUGAGAGAGGGGAGGCUGGGUGCUCUUUGUUUAGCUCAAAUAAUGGGCAGGAGAGGCCUUGCCUUUAGGGUCAGGCUAGUUGGUGAGCAUGUGAGAGCCACGUGAUGCCUGCUUCAGAGAGAGCUGGGACCUGUGUGCUGAGACAGAGGUCUUCUCACAGUGUUAGGGCUUCAUUCAGAAGACUAGGGAGAGGAGAGCUAAGGAGGGGACUUGCAGGGGUGAGCACGGAGCAGAAGGGAGGGAGCUGGGAGGAGGGUUCAGAGCUCUGGGUUUUUGAUCUUCGUGCUCUCCACGAAAUGUGGGGAAAGUCUAGGCCUAGACAGCUGUAGUCAACAUGGAGUUUAUUGUUUUCCUGCGGGUUUAGUGCUGUUGCUUUUGUUGCCUUCUGCUUUGCUGUUUGGCUGUUGGUAGGGAUUUUCGGAGUUAACAAGGCAAAUGGGCAUAAUCCCCUUUGUAAAUGAAAGAAAUAUUAGUCUUUGCACAUUGGCAUUAUUAAAUGUCCAGGAAUUAUGAAGCAAUGUGGAAAUGAUCGUUUCUUCUUCUACCUCAGUGAGGAUGAGAGACAUCCAGGAGUAAGACAAGCAGGCCAGUGUGACUCUUUUCUAUACAUUUGUUGUUUUUCACUGUGUGACUAUGAGGAGUAGCACCCUGCCAUGCGACUCCAACAGUGGAACGAUUUCAGAGCCCUUUCUCGAUGGACUCCUUGGAAAGGGGGCAACAUUUUGUGGGAUCCUCUGGAUCUCACUGUACCUGUAGUUUCCUUUCAGGAACUGACACUUGAUCUGGGUGUAUGGAAUGCGGCAACUUUAAGACAUGGUUGUAUAAACCGUAGAAUGUGCAUAGGGAGAAUAUUUAAAAUAAUAACACGCUUUUCGUGUUCAUGUCUCUUCAUUGAAAGGCCGUCUUCCUUUGUGUCCCGAGGCACUCCGCGUGGGCAUCUGGAGCAGUUCUUAGUAAGCUGUUGCCCUAUGGGUAGAACUUCCAGACAUAAAAUCUCAUUUAGUAUUCUUGGUCAUCCUGCAAGGAAUGCAUUGCUAAUUCUAUUUUUUUGAGCAAUUGACUGAGGCCCAGAGAAGUGUCUAUUUAUUUGGUACUUGAUAGAAUCAAGAGCCUGGGUGUAUGUCCUGUGAUAAAACUUUCCCUGGAGAGAUGCGACACACACAUCUACUCACCCCAGAUAGGGAGCCUACAGCAGACAAAGUACGUGUGCCCCCGAAGCCUCCUUUCUAUCUCGCUCACCUUCAGCCCACCCAGCUUUGUUCUGCAGAGCCACUGCUGCAAAUGCCUGGCUGUGUGUGGCCUUUGUCCAGAGCCUUGGCUGUGGGCGGCACAGGGUCACCAGGUAUUCAUGAAGAGGGUGCAUGGAAAGCCCUGCUCCUCUCUGUGGCAGCAGGCAGAUGUUUGCUAGGCGGGACUAUGCCCCUUCUGGAGGGGCUUUCAGCAGUGAGACAGGAGUCGGGCACUGGCUUGGCUGUGGUAAUUCUGGUGGUAUCUGUAAUUUAUACAACAAAUACAUUUUUUUCUGCCCUUCUCUACCAAAGAACCUUUUAAUGUACAGAAUUUGGGAAAUGCAAUAAAAAUGUGAAGGUUAUGAGGUUUGAACUCUCAGGUCUUCUGUCAAGGUUUUGCCAUGCUACUGUGACACUGUCCCCAGAUAGCAGCUAUCCCAAGGACUUCCUGUUUGUCCACCAUGUUGUCUGCCCUCGGUCAGAGCCACAUUGCUCAACCACCAGGUCUGAAAUGCUGACUUUCAGCAGACUCAUGGAGCUCACUGGAUUUAGGUGUAUCAUCAGCAAGUGGUGGUGUGAACAGCAGAAAGGGAGGCCUCCCUCGCCUCGUGCCAGGGAAGACAUGGGGGAGUGGUUUACCAUUGUCGUGGUUUGCCCUCAGGGUUGGGAGUCUGUGAUUUAACUGCUGCAUCCAUGAGUUCUCCCCCUCCAUGCCUGCUGAUGCUGGCCAUCAAGGGUCAAGCAGUGUUAUGAUUAGUGUCUAGUGGGGACAGCUUAACCGUGAUCAGAGCAGAUGGUUCUUUCCUCAGUGGGACUCUUUAUGGGGGUUCCGUUUCCUCUGUCACCUUCUUGACUUGCUACACUGCAGAGAAGAGAUUUCCGUGCUGGUCGGAGAAGGUGCGGGUGCUGUUGGCAGGGUCUGCCCUGUCUGGUUUGGUUUCUGCUUGGGUCUUGGUUGUGCAGUCUCAAAGCUGCAUCUGGUUCGUGUGGCCUUGGAGAGGCUCAGUUUCUCUACCUGCCUUCCCCCUGCCUUUGGCGGGUCAUCGGAGGAAGGUGCUCUAUUUAAGGCAGCAGCUGAUCUGCUGAGUUGGGGAGAUGUUGCAGAUGUCCUUGCCCCUCUCUGUCCCUUCAUUAUGGAACAGAUGCGAUGGCUGUGGGCACAGGACUGCUCUCCGCACCUCUUCUGUCCUGCAAAGGUGAGGAGGAGUUAGCUUACUGCUGUAUUGUGUUCAAGCAGUUCAGGUGCUCAGCUCCAUGGAUGACACAGUCAAGGGAGGAGGCUUUCCUUUCAACCGCCCCCCUGUCAGCCUGAGGGACGAUACCAGGUUUCUGUCAGCCCUUUGAGGAAACUUGUUCCACACUUGGUCUUUGAGUGUCAGACGGGUAGAUAGCCACGGCCUUAUUGUCUGUCAGAGCUGAGAGCACUUACGCUCUGGAAGGUCUUUUUGCAGGCACGUUAUUCCAGGAUCAGCAAAACCAUCCCAUCUAUCGCACCCAGAUCCAUUCUUGGUUUCUCCUACCCUGCCUAGAAACCGAGGGCUUCCUUAUCUCUCUUCCCUACCUCAUACCCCAGUCUUCACCGUGCUCUGCCCCGAGUGCACAGUAGUACUGUCCCUGUCUAUUUAGAUGGAGAUUAAUCGAAAUGAAAUAGAACUUAAAAUGUGCUUCCUCCAUGGUCCCAGAGAUAUCUCAUGUGCUUUACAGACGCAUUUGACUGACAGCCACCAUAUUGGAUAGUUCAGAAUGACAUACCAUUUCCACUACCGUAAAUGUUACAAUUGGACUGGGGAAUAGCGGCUCAUGCCUGUAAUCCCAGCGUUUGGGCGGCCGGGGCACAAUUGCCUUUAGUCUGAGAUUAGCUUGGGCUGUGUUGUGAGUUUGGGGCUCAGCCAGGUCUAGAGUGAGACUCCAUAUCAGAAAACAAAAACCAAAUUCAAACAACUGAGCCGUACUGCGUAGCACCAUGCAGCAGGCUGACGUGUCCUGAGCAGCUCUGGUGGUUUUAGGAAGAAAGAAUUCAGGAUGCAGGAAUGGAUGAAGGACUUUAGAAUUAGCUGGAACGGUUGGGGAAGGAGGCCCUAGGAUUGUCUUGUUGGAAUGACAUCUGAAGAGCACUGCAGAACAGGUCAAGGGAAGCUGGGGAUGUCACCAAUGCCCAUGGGGUUGAGAAGCUGUUGGCAGGACCUGGAAGCACUGUGUCAGUGCGCAGACUCCUGCUCUGUCUGCUCUGGUUUCUGUUUGGGUCUUUGCUGGGCAGUCUCAAAGCUGCAUUAGGAAUCCUGGCUUCAGGGCAAGCAACUGAGACUUGGCUUAGGUCUUUGCCUCUGUAGCCCAGGCAGGCAGCAGGAAGAAGCUGGAAGAGCAGCCGUGUCAGUUACCUGCCUGUCAUUCCAUGCCACAAGGUGACCCUGUAAGGCCUGCUGGAUUCAUCUGUGGAUAGGCUCCUCCAAGCUGGCGAUGGACAGACUUGGCUGGUUCAAGACCAGGAGACAGGGUCCUCUUGCUUUCCAGUCACAAGCUUUGCACUGGCUCAAGCCAGUACAUCUUUGGUUUUAGAAUGGCUACUACACUUAGAGGGAAAUAUGGGGCCCUUGUCACCCAUGAGGGCUUGAUAUAUGUAGAGUCCAGGUAGAGGACUGCAAAGGUUUUGGGUGACUCCUGGUCCAAAAGGAGGCCAUUGCUGUGCACUUAGGGUCUUGAAGUGACAGGGACUGCAGCAGGACAGUCAUUGCAGCCUUCUCUUUCCUGGGGUGAGCUGCUUUCUGAUCUGCAAGUCACAUAGGUAUUCUUCAGAAGUCACAGGCUCUAUUUGUGGCAGAAGUCACCACAGAAGAAGGCUGUACUGUUGAAGCCCCGUAUCUUUUUCAUGUCUGUGGCUCAUUCGGGAUCCCUUUAUGCUGCCCAAGGAUCUGGGCAUCUUUACUUAAGGGUAGUGUGGAGGAGGGAGGUGACAGGAAGACUGGAUCCUUCUGGUUAGGUUCUGUGUCCUUAGAUUAGAAGGCUUUUUUAUAUUCUCAAUUUAUUCUUGCAUAUCACAUCUUGACCAUAGUUAUUCCUUCCUCUCUCCUCCUAGACACUCCCCCCUUACCUCCCUCUUCCCCCAUUUCCUUUCAGAAAAGGUCAGGCUACCCAGGGUUAUCAAUCAAAUAAGGCAUAUCAAGUUCUAAUAAGACUAGGCACCUACCUUCAUAUUAAGGCUGGAUGAGGCAACCCAGUAGGAGGAAAAGGGUCUUGAAAGUAAUCAAAUACAGCCCUCACUUCCUCUGCCAAGAGUCCUUCAAAAACACUAAGCCACACAAGUAUAGCAUAUAUACAGAGGGCUGAGGCUAGACCCAUGCAGGCUCCCUGCUUGUUGGUUCAUUCUCCGUGAGCUCCUGUGAGUCCAGUUUGUCAAUUCUGUAGGUUUUCUUGUGGUGUCCUUGACCCCUCUGGCUCCUACCAUGCUUCCUCCCUUCUUCCACAGGAUUCAUGAGUUCUGCCUACUGUUUGACUGUGGGUGUCUGCAUUUGUUGCCAUGGGUUGCUGAAUGGAGCCUCUCUGAUGGUGAUUACGCCAGGCAAAAUCAUUUCUUUACCUCUUUUUUCCCCAGGUGUGUUUGGUUCUAUCCUAAGGCUGUAAGCCAUCUGGCCUCUGGUUUCUCGUCCGCCAGGUAGCGUCAGGGGUAGGCGUUCUCUCAUGGAAUGGGUUUCAAGCUAGACCCCGUCAUUGCUUAGCCAUUCCCUCAAUUUCUCUGCCACCUUUUCCCCGGCACAUCAUGCUGGCAGGGCAGAUUGUAAGCUGACGGUUUUGUGGUUGGGUUGGUGUCCCAAUCCCUCCACUGGAAGUCUUGCCUGGUUCUGGGGGAUUAGAGAGAGAGGUUUUAAGACAGAGUCAUUUAAAGCCAGGCUUGGAAUAUGAAUAGAAAGUACAAAGCAAAUGGCAGACGAACAAACAUUCUAAGUACACAGAAUCACAUGGUAGCUGACGAGAACUGGACAUGUUUGAGGAAGGAAGGGAAACCAGUACGUAAGCCCAGGGAAGGUGGCCUGGGUCGGCAUACACAGGUUCAAGGAACAUGAUGGGAAGUUUGGGUUUGAAAAUGAUUGGCGUAGGAGAGUGACAGGGCCUGAUUUAGUGUUUUUAUUUCCUAAGAGGUCAUCGUGACUGGUUGUGAGUGAGGCUUGGAUUGGAAAUCUGGAAAUGAGAGAAAUCUCAGGGACUCCUGCAGCAGGAAAGGAAUGGUGACCUGGGCUAGAGCGGUGGCAUGGGAGGCGGAAAGCGCUGGUCUCCUCUCUUUCCUCAGAGUUCCUAUCCACAGGGUAAGGGGAAGGACACAGUGCUUAAGGUGUCUGGUAAACUAAUGUUUAUCUGUGGCCUAUCUUGUGUCAGUCAGCUCUCUGUCACCAAGACACUAGACCAGAGGCCACUGCAUGGAAGGAGCAGCAGUUUACUAUGUCUCACGGUUUAGAAGAGUCAGUCCAUGGUCCGAUGGCUCCUUGCUUUUGGAUCUGUGGGUGACAUUACAUUAUGGUCAGGGAGCAUAGCUUACACAGACCUUUUACUUCAUGGUGGCUGGGAAGCUGAAGGACAGGGAGGGGUGGGGUAUAAUAUUCCCUCAAGGCCCUAUCUCCAGUGAUUCAAGUCCUUCUCAUCAGAUCCUGCCUCUUGAAGGUUUGACCCCCUCAUGCGAUGAGGAUGGGAUGUGGGAGCAGUUGGGGAUUGCUUACGGUACAAAGGGUGACAGCAUUCUUGCCUAAUGGAACAUCACUGUUUUUAUAGCCGCUAGCAAUAGAUGCUGAGCGUCCUCUGGGAUGGAGAACUUAAAAACCACCGUGUCAUUAUUGGACAUCGUCCUGACGGGGAGAUACCAAACUACUCUAACAUUGGGACUUCUCUCUGGGCCCUUGUAGGGCAGGGUGAGACGAGACUAGUGGGUCUGUGCUGGGGCCCUGCACUGUCCUUGCUCUUCUGAGAAGAGGCAACACCUUUGUGAGGUAGGCAGGGAUGUUGCUAUCUUCAAGAGAGCCCAGCCGCUGGGCAAACAGGAAUCAUUUUUCUUACGUCUGGCAGAGGUUGGUGCUGUGGAGGUCUUAUGUGUUUUCCUGUGGUCUGGUCUGCUGGGCUGCAGUUCUGGGGUUCUCUUGGACUCGAGGAGAGCAUCAGAGGAUAUAACCCAGUAAGGCUGGAGCCAGAUCAGACUUAGCCGGUGGCCUCGGUUCAGCUGGCAGCCAGGAGGCAAAGCUUUGAAUCAACCUUAUAAUUUGAAAAUUGGUCUUUGCAUUGGGUGGUGAUUUUGUGCUAACAAAAAGCAUCAGAGAAACAAUGCGGGGCUGUCCCACCUUCAUGGUGUUACUCUGGGUUCAGAAUCCUUGCUGCAGAGAUGGAAGUCCCCCCCACUACUAGAAUGCACGGAAGGGUGUAUUUCCCAUUGCAGCUGUCCUUUAGGCUCUCCUAGAAUUUCUGGUCGGGAUGGGCAAGCGACUUGGAGAAGCCAAAGCCACAGUGACUUUAAAGUAUAUCCAUCAUGGAGACUAACCUUGGAGAACACAUUUCUCUUUUUUCCCACAUGUGGCCAUUUAUGGUGGGACCGCCCUUUGUCACUCAAAGGCUAUUGUGGUAUUCUAAGAUAGCUGUAUUCUUGUUCUCAGUCAAGGGAGGAGGUGAUAUCCUAUUCCUCUGUACGCUCAGACCUCUUAACAUGUGCUUUCUCCUGAUGGUGUGCCCUAGAGGCAUCCUUGUAUCUGGGAAUGGGUCUCACUAUGGAGUGUGAGGAUACCCAGGACCCCUUGCUGGUCUUCACACUGGGGCUUUCUGCCUUCUUCUCAAGAGUCACCCACCCCCAACCCCUGACACUGCUUGCUUUGUGAACAGGCAGCUGAUCUGAGAGGGAUGAAAGCAAUGAACUGGUGCAGAUAGGGAAUUGGGGGUAUGCUAGGCUUAGUGGGGAACAUGGCUGCUUUUUAUAGAAAUAUAGGAAGAUAAGUCCAGGAGCUGAAACAGUGUCCACUUAACUUUGUCAGUGCCACAAAUAGAGUCUACCAAGUCAAAAUUGCAAGCCACAGACAGAACAGAGCCAGGAAGAGUUAAGUUCUAGCCCAGUUGGGCAAGCAAAGAUGGGACGCAGAAGGUCCAUUUUGGACUUGCUCAUGUCAGUGUAAGAAGAAGAAGCGGGGAUAUUUUCCACUCUCUGUCACCGGGGAGGUACCCUGGGAACUCACCGUAGGUGUUAGUGUUAGAGCUGCUGAUCACUAAAUGUAGAUAUUCACCAUUCCCUGCUCAACCCAAAAGCCCAGGAGGAGGUGUGGACGCGUGUAUCUGCAUGUGUGUGUGCACACACAUGUGCAUGUGUGGAGUGUUAGGUAAGGAGGGAAGCAUCCAGUCUGGCAGUUCCCGGUGAGCCCUGAGUGCAGCAAAAUCUUCCAUUGUCUCAUUUGGUGACCUUUAAUGAGUCACAUGCUCCUUUGUUUUCUUGGGUUUUGAACGGAGACACUUAUCUUGCUGCUUUGGAGAGCAGCUCUGCUUCAGCUGUCUUGGCUAAUCCAAACCCAUGCUCCUCUGCUCUCUGCUCUGAGGCCUAUGUCCCGAGCCUCUGGAGCCUUCCUUUUUUUACACUCAGCAUCUAUAUAUUGAAAGGAGGCCAGGCAGCGAUAAACUGUGAGAUGGGGAACUUCUCAGUCCAGGAGAGAUCCAUUCUUCACAAGCCUGAUACUCCGGAAAACAUAUUGAGCCCCUGAGGUGCAGGAGCUGCCUGUCGCCCCUGGGCUGAGGAAGGGGAGAGUGAGAAGGGAGUGUGUGGUGAGGUUCCAACUAUGGGAGCCCACGCCCAGCUCAUGCCAACAUGAAUGCCAAUGCAGCUGCAGGACUUGCCCCCGAGCACAUCCCUACUCCAGGGGCAGCACUGUCCUGGCAGGCAGCCAUCGAUGCCGCCCGGCAGGCCAAGUUAAUGGGCAGUGCUGGCAAUGCGACCAUCUCUACCGUCAGUUCCACACAGCGGAAGCGGCAGCAGUAUGGGAAACCCAAGAAGCAGGGGGGCACAACUGCCACACGGCCGCCCCGGGCUCUGCUCUGCCUGACUCUGAAGAACCCCAUCAGGAGGGCAUGCAUCAGCAUUGUUGAAUGGAAACCAUUUGAAAUAAUUAUUUUAUUGACGAUUUUUGCCAAUUGUGUGGCCUUAGCAAUCUAUAUUCCCUUUCCGGAAGAUGACUCCAACGCCACCAACUCCAACCUGGAACGGGUGGAGUAUCUCUUCCUCAUCAUUUUUACCGUGGAAGCAUUUUUAAAAGUGAUUGCCUACGGACUACUCUUCCACCCCAACGCUUACCUCCGCAACGGUUGGAAUUUACUAGAUUUUAUAAUCGUGGUUGUAGGGCUUUUUAGUGCAAUUUUAGAACAAGCAACCAAAGCUGACGGGGCCAACGCUCUGGGAGGGAAAGGAGCGGGAUUCGAUGUGAAGGCACUGAGAGCUUUCCGUGUGCUUCGUCCCCUGCGGCUGGUGUCUGGAGUCCCAAGUCUCCAGGUGGUCCUGAACUCCAUCAUCAAGGCCAUGGUGCCCCUGCUGCACAUUGCCCUCCUCGUGCUCUUCGUCAUCAUCAUCUAUGCCAUUAUCGGCCUGGAGCUCUUCAUGGGGAAGAUGCACAAGACCUGCUACAACCAGGAGGGCAUAAUAGAUGUUCCAGCGGAAGAGGAUCCCUCCCCUUGUGCUUUGGAGACAGGCCAUGGGCGACAGUGUCAGAACGGGACCGUGUGCAAGCCCGGGUGGGAUGGGCCCAAGCACGGCAUCACCAACUUCGACAACUUCGCCUUCGCCAUGCUGACGGUGUUCCAGUGUAUCACCAUGGAGGGCUGGACAGACGUGCUGUACUGGAUGCAAGACGCUAUGGGCUAUGAGUUGCCCUGGGUGUAUUUUGUCAGUCUGGUCAUCUUUGGAUCCUUUUUCGUUCUAAAUCUGGUUCUCGGUGUUUUGAGCGGAGAGUUUUCCAAAGAGAGGGAGAAAGCCAAAGCUCGAGGAGACUUCCAGAAGCUUCGUGAGAAGCAGCAGCUAGAAGAAGAUCUCAAAGGCUACCUGGACUGGAUCACCCAGGCGGAAGACAUAGACCCUGAGAAUGAGGACGAGGGCAUGGAUGAAGACAAACCCCGAAACAGAGGCGCUCCAGCGGGCUUGCAUGAUCAGAAGAAAGGGAAAUUUGCUUGGUUUAGUCACUCCACAGAAACCCAUGUGAGCAUGCCCACAAGUGAGACUGAGUCUGUCAACACCGAAAACGUGGCUGGAGGUGACAUCGAGGGUGAAAACUGUGGAGCCCGGCUUGCCCACCGGAUCUCCAAAUCCAAGUUCAGCCGCUACUGGCGCCGGUGGAAUAGAUUCUGCAGAAGAAAGUGCCGUGCCGCAGUUAAGUCCAAUGUCUUCUACUGGCUGGUGAUCUUCCUGGUGUUCCUCAACACCCUCACCAUUGCCUCCGAACACUACAACCAGCCUCAUUGGCUCACAGAAGUGCAAGACACGGCCAACAAGGCCCUCCUGGCCCUUUUCACGGCAGAAAUGCUCCUGAAGAUGUACAGCCUGGGUCUGCAGGCCUACUUUGUAUCCCUCUUCAACCGCUUUGACUGUUUCAUUGUGUGCGGGGGCAUCCUGGAGACCAUCCUGGUGGAGACGAAGAUCAUGUCGCCCCUGGGCAUCUCUGUGCUGAGAUGUGUGCGGCUGCUCAGGAUUUUCAAGAUCACCAGGUACUGGAACUCCCUGAGCAACCUCGUGGCGUCCUUGCUGAACUCAGUGCGCUCCAUCGCCUCCCUGCUGCUACUCCUCUUCCUCUUCAUCAUCAUCUUCUCCCUCCUGGGGAUGCAGCUGUUUGGUGGAAAGUUCAACUUUGAUGAGAUGCAGACCCGUAGGAGCACGUUUGAUAACUUCCCACAGUCUCUCCUCACUGUGUUUCAGAUCCUGACCGGGGAGGACUGGAAUUCGGUGAUGUAUGAUGGGAUCAUGGCUUAUGGCGGCCCCUCUUUUCCAGGGAUGUUAGUCUGUAUUUACUUCAUCAUCCUCUUCAUCUGUGGAAAUUAUAUCCUACUGAAUGUGUUCUUGGCCAUUGCGGUGGACAACCUGGCUGAUGCGGAGAGCCUGACCUCUGCCCAAAAAGAGGAAGAAGAAGAGAAGGAGAGAAAGAAGCUGGCCAGGACUGCCAGCCCAGAAAAGAAACAGGAGGUGAUGGAGAAACCAGCAGUAGAGGAGAGCAAAGAGGAGAAAAUUGAGCUGAAGUCCAUUACAGCAGAUGGAGAAUCCCCACCCACUACCAAGAUCAACAUGGAUGACCUCCAGCCCAGUGAAAAUGAGGACAAGAGUCCCCACUCCAACCCAGACACUGCAGGUGAAGAGGAUGAGGAGGAGCCCGAGAUGCCUGUGGGCCCACGCCCCCGGCCCCUGUCUGAGCUGCACCUUAAGGAAAAGGCAGUCCCCAUGCCGGAAGCCAGUGCAUUUUUCAUCUUCAGCCCAAACAACAGGUUCCGCCUGCAGUGCCACCGCAUUGUCAAUGACACGAUCUUCACCAACCUCAUCCUCUUCUUCAUUCUGCUCAGUAGCAUCUCCCUGGCGGCUGAGGACCCCGUCCAGCACACCUCCUUCAGGAACCACAUUCUGUUUUAUUUUGACAUUGUUUUUACCACCAUUUUCACCAUUGAAAUUGCUCUAAAGAUCCUAGGCAAUGCAGACUAUGUCUUCACUAGUAUCUUUACAUUAGAAAUUAUCCUUAAGAUGACUGCUUACGGGGCUUUCCUGCACAAGGGCUCUUUCUGCCGAAAUUACUUCAAUAUCCUGGACCUGCUGGUGGUUAGCGUGUCCCUCAUCUCCUUUGGCAUUCAGUCCAGCGCGAUCAACGUUGUGAAGAUUUUAAGAGUGCUUCGUGUCCUCAGGCCCCUGAGGGCCAUCAACAGGGCCAAGGGGCUAAAGCACGUCGUUCAGUGUGUGUUUGUGGCCAUCCGGACCAUUGGAAACAUUGUAAUUGUCACCACUCUGCUGCAGUUCAUGUUCGCCUGCAUUGGGGUCCAGCUCUUCAAGGGAAAGCUCUAUACCUGUUCGGAUAGUUCCAAACAGACGGAGGCAGAAUGCAAGGGUAACUAUAUAACAUACAAAGACGGAGAAGUUGACCACCCCAUUAUCCAGCCUCGAAGUUGGGAGAACAGCAAGUUCGACUUUGACAAUGUUCUGGCAGCCAUGAUGGCCCUCUUUACCGUCUCCACCUUCGAGGGGUGGCCAGAGCUGCUGUACCGCUCCAUUGACUCCCACACAGAAGACAAGGGUCCCAUCUACAACUAUCGUGUGGAGAUCUCCAUCUUCUUCAUCAUCUACAUCAUCAUCAUUGCCUUCUUCAUGAUGAACAUCUUCGUGGGUUUCGUCAUUGUCACCUUCCAGGAGCAGGGGGAACAAGAAUACAAGAACUGUGAGCUGGACAAGAACCAGAGACAAUGUGUGGAAUAUGCCCUCAAGGCCCGACCCUUGCGAAGGUACAUCCCCAAGAACCAGCACCAGUACAAAGUGUGGUACGUGGUCAACUCCACCUACUUCGAGUAUCUGAUGUUCGUCCUCAUCCUGCUCAACACCAUCUGCCUGGCCAUGCAGCACUACGGCCAGAGCUGCCUCUUCAAAAUCGCCAUGAAUAUACUCAACAUGCUUUUCACUGGCCUCUUCACGGUGGAGAUGAUCCUGAAGCUCAUUGCCUUCAAACCCAAGCACUAUUUCUGUGAUGCAUGGAAUACAUUUGACGCCUUGAUUGUUGUGGGUAGCAUUGUUGAUAUAGCAAUCACCGAGGUACACCCAGCUGAACAUACCCAAUGCUCUCCCUCUAUGAGUGCAGAGGAGAACUCCCGCAUCUCCAUCACCUUCUUCCGCCUCUUCCGGGUCAUGCGCCUGGUGAAGCUGCUGAGCCGAGGGGAAGGCAUCCGGACCCUGCUGUGGACCUUCAUCAAGUCCUUCCAGGCCCUGCCCUAUGUGGCCCUUUUGAUUGUGAUGCUGUUCUUUAUCUAUGCAGUGAUUGGGAUGCAGGUAUUUGGGAAGAUUGCCCUGAAUGACACCACAGAGAUCAAUCGGAACAACAACUUCCAGACGUUCCCUCAGGCUGUGCUACUGCUCUUCAGGUGCGCCACUGGGGAGGCCUGGCAGGAUAUCAUGCUAGCCUGUAUGCCAGGCAAGAAGUGUGCUCCAGAGUCUGAGCCCAGCAACAGCACGGAAGGGGAGACACCCUGUGGCAGCAGUUUCGCUGUCUUCUACUUCAUCAGCUUCUACAUGCUCUGUGCCUUCCUGAUCAUCAACCUCUUUGUAGCUGUUAUCAUGGACAACUUUGACUACCUGACUAGGGAUUGGUCUAUCCUUGGUCCCCAUCACCUGGAUGAAUUCAAGAGAAUCUGGGCCGAAUAUGACCCUGAAGCCAAGGGUCGGAUCAAACACUUGGAUGUGGUGACCCUCCUCCGUCGAAUUCAGCCCCCACUGGGUUUUGGGAAGUUGUGUCCUCACCGUGUGGCCUGCAAACGCCUGGUGUCCAUGAACAUGCCUCUGAACAGUGAUGGGACGGUCAUGUUCAAUGCUACACUGUUUGCCCUUGUCAGGACAGCCCUGAGGAUCAAAACAGAAGGGAACCUAGAGCAAGCCAAUGAGGAGCUGAGAGCCAUCAUCAAGAAAAUCUGGAAGAGGACCAGCAUGAAGCUGUUGGACCAGGUGGUGCCCCCUGCAGGUGAUGACGAGGUCACAGUGGGCAAGUUCUAUGCCACCUUCCUGAUCCAAGAGUACUUCAGGAAAUUCAAGAAGCGAAAAGAGCAGGGGCUGGUCGGCAAGCCCUCGCAGAGGAAUGCACUGUCUCUGCAGGCUGGCUUACGCACCUUGCAUGACAUUGGGCCUGAGAUCCGGAGAGCCAUCUCUGGGGAUCUGACGGCUGAGGAGGAGCUGGACAAGGCUAUGAAGGAGGCAGUGUCUGCUGCCUCCGAAGACGACAUCUUCAGGAGGGCUGGAGGCCUGUUUGGCAACCACGUCAGCUACUACCAGAGUGACAGCAGGAGCAACUUCCCUCAGACGUUUGCCACCCAACGCCCACUGCACAUCAACAAGACAGGGAACAACCAAGCGGACACCGAAUCACCGUCCCAUGAGAAGCUGGUGGACUCCACUUUCACCCCCAGCAGCUACUCAUCCACGGGCUCCAAUGCCAACAUCAACAAUGCCAACAACACUGCCCUGGGCCGCUUCCCCCACCCUGCUGGCUACUCCAGCACGGUCAGCACUGUGGAGGGCCAUGGGCCUCCCUUGUCCCCUGCUGUCCGGGUACAGGAGGCAGCAUGGAAACUCAGCUCUAAGAGGUGCCACUCCCGAGAGAGCCAGGGGGCCACGGUGAGUCAGGAUAUGUUUCCAGAUGAGACCCGCAGCAGCGUGAGGCUGAGCGAAGAAGUUGAGUACUGCAGUGAGCCCAGCCUGCUCUCCACAGAUAUACUCUCCUACCAGGACGAUGAAAACCGACAACUGACCUGUCUAGAGGAGGACAAGAGGGAGAUCCAGCCAUCUCCGAAGAGGAGUUUCCUUCGCUCUGCCUCUCUAGGUCGAAGGGCCUCCUUCCAUCUGGAAUGUCUAAAGCGACAAAAGGAUCAAGGGGGAGACAUCUCUCAGAAGACAGCCUUGCCCUUGCAUCUGGUUCAUCACCAGGCAUUGGCAGUGGCAGGCUUGAGCCCCCUCCUGCAGAGAAGCCAUUCUCCUUCCACGUUCCCCAGGCCACGCCCCACGCCCCCUGUCACUCCAGGCAGCCGGGGCAGGCCCCUACAGCCCAUCCCUACCCUGCGGCUGGAGGGGGCGGAGUCCAGUGAGAAACUCAACAGCAGCUUCCCGUCCAUCCACUGCAGCUCCUGGUCAGAGGAGACCACAGCCUGUAGUGGGGGCAGCAGCAUGGCCCGGAGAGCCCGGCCCGUCUCCCUCACCGUGCCCAGCCAGGCUGGAGCUCCAGGCAGACAGUUCCACGGCAGCGCCAGCAGCCUGGUGGAAGCGGUCUUGAUUUCAGAAGGACUGGGACAGUUUGCUCAAGAUCCCAAGUUCAUCGAGGUCACCACACAGGAGCUGGCUGACGCCUGCGAUAUGACAAUAGAGGAGAUGGAGAACGCCGCAGACAACAUCCUCAGCGGGGGCGCCCAGCAGAGCCCCAACGGCACCCUCUUACCUUUUGUGAACUGCAGGGACCCAGGGCAGGACAGGGCUGUGGUCCCAGAGGACGAGAGCUGUGUAUAUGCCCUGGGGCGAGGCCGGAGCGAGGAAGCGCUCCCGGACAGCAGGUCCUAUGUCAGCAACCUGUAGUCCGCAGGGCUGGCGAGACGCGGGUGUUUUUUAUUCGUUUCAAUGUUCCUAAUGGGUUCGUUUCAGAAGUGCCUCACUGUUCUCGUGACCUGGAGGUAACCGGAACAGCGUCUUCAUUCACUGCUGUCGGGAUAAGCCUCAGAGCUGGGCGGUGUACGAAGUCGGCUUUUCAGGGGAGAAGGCCAAGGCCGUGGUGCGGGGGCUCCAGCACCUUCCCACGGCAGCACCGCCCAAAGGACCCCACCCCCCCCUAAGCAAAAGGGUGUUUUCCCCUUGCUUGUAUAAACAGUCAUUUGCACAUGUUCUGUCUGAGCCUGGCCGUCUCUAUGGAGCAGGGCCCCAGGGAUCUAUGGCAGGAAUGGGCCAGUGUCCCCAGUAGGAGCCGGAAGGUGGCUGCAAGGUUCCCAGCAGUGCAGAUCUGGUCCCUAUGGUCCCUUCAGGGACCCUUCCCCUGCUGGAACUGAGGAGCAGGUGGCAGGAGCCAGUGCAGACCACACCACCUGCCCUCAGCUAGCCAGACCUGGGGGCGCAGGCUGCUUGCCUGGUGCUCUGGGUUUCAUAGUUUGAUGGUUCUUGUCAGCAUGUUGCGGUUUUCUAGGUUUUGAUUUCUUUAUUACUAUUUGUUGUGUUUUCCCACGGGGAGGGGAGGAAGAAGAGCGUUUACAACUGCGCAGCCUCACUUCACCGGUUCCACAUUUGCAUAUUUAAGUUGGAUUUGGUUUUAUUGUAUUCUUUAAAUGGUGCGGUCCACCCCCACCCUCACCCCUAUUGGAGCAAGGGUUCAUUAUCACCACGGGGAGGUUUUACCUGCUCUGUGUAUGCCCAAGUAACGUGUUACAAUUUUCCUUAAGUCAAAGCAACUUUUUUUCCCCCUUUUCGGUUUGGUUGAGCAUCACGACCUGCAGGUUAACAGUCAGUUUAGAUAAGGCGGUGUGUGCCUGGGCGACUGAGCUGGGCUCCUUUCUGGGCAUAUGGAUUGGUUCAGGAGAGAAGAAAUAUGGGCAUCUUUGCGUCACACGUGUGUCCAUAGUGGGUCGUCUUGUGUGUCUGUGCAUCCACACGGUACGUGAGCACCCCACCCCACCCCCGCACAAAGUCUGUAGAUCCCCGUUCGGGUUUGACUGCAGGGAGUUCAAAAUCUGGGGCUAUUCGAAAGCAAGAACAAACCACUGUCUCUGCUUCUGCUUCUGAAACGAGAAUCUGGUAACUGCAUUUUCUGUCCCACGAGAUAUGCAAAAGCAAUGCAAUAAUAUCCAUUUUAAAAUACGAUUGUGAGUUGUGUCAGCAUUAAAAUUCUAUUUUAAAAAAACAUGAAAUUUAAGGGGAAAAACUCAAGAAGACAUUUUGCUUCGAUAUAUUCUGUGUAAUGUUUUAUUGCAUUGAUAAUGUUUCUGUUGAAGAAACUGUUAUACUUGAAUUCAGGUCAGUUUCAGUAUUUUUCAAAUAUUUUUUUAAAACUGAAUUGCAAUUGUGCCAAGCAAAUAUAAUGACUUAAGUUUGUUUUAAAAUUCACUUCUUGUAUAUUUUGCUGCAUGUAAAGUAAAUCAUUUUGUAUUUGGAGUGUGACAAGCUUUACCUUUGAGCUCUUAAGUGCUUUUUCUAUAUGUGGUGGGGGGAAGAUGGUUUUUCUUUCAUUUGCAAAGUGAACAAAGGUGUCGCCCCGUGUAAGUCCUCAUGCUGCUCUCUGUUGGCAGGUCUGGGAGGUGCCAUUUUGCAUAUCUUGUGUUUUGUUUCCAUAUCCCUCAGUAUUUCCAAAACCUGGGGUUUAGCUUGCCCAUGCCGCAUCUUCCUUUGCGAGAUCAGGAUGUGUUCCACCCAGGUCUUCUGCUCCCUUCUGCUGUUCUCUGUGGAGAAUUGUCAAAGAUGCUCCGGCAUCCUGUGGGAAGAGGCAGCUGGCUUUACCAAGCACUCCCACAGCAUCAUCUCAACUGAGAGGAUGAGGUGACCAUCAGUGGUGGGAUAGACUCACCUAUGACCCAUGGUUUACCCAAACACAGACAGCCAUAGUCGGGGGCUGGGGAACAGUGACUGGAUGGACCUGUAGCCCUUACAGAAACUAUUCACCCUUUCCUUCUGAAGCAGGGAGGCAGAGAAGAAGAGGAUCUUGACCAGGGUGGGAGCAUCAGGAUCUCACAGGGAUGAAAGGAACAGCUGUGUGGGGCUUCCAUUUAGGAUCCUCUGUUUCUGCCUUCGACAACCCUUACAAUUAGAGCUAGGUCCUUCUAUUGUGUCUUAAUAAGAAUGGUUGAAAAGGAAGGGCUUUGAGGAAAAUAAGACUCAACCAUUCACUCAGAAUUUACCUAUGGAGUAGCUUCCAGUCCCAGUGUCCUUCCAGCCUUUUGUGGAGAUUAUAUAAGAAUCUGCUAGAAAUUCCAGCAAGGACGUUCCUCAGUGGCAGUGAGUCUGCGCUUGUGUGCUGUUCCAUGAAAAUGCAGAGAGAAGUACCCAGUGCUCACAGGUUAACUGGAGUCUAGAAACAGCCUUUCUCCUUGGAUUUCCAUGUGCCAUUGACCAAGCAUUCAUGCAUUCUUUGUAGUACCCAUAAGGGCUUCUAGAGAUAAUAAUUAGAUGGUGUCCUUUGACUUGUUUCUGCUAAGUUCUGCAGCUGUGUUGAUGAGACUUUAAUGGUGGAAAGGGACUGGCUGUGUGGUUCUUGUUUGCAUCUGACCGGCCAGGGGAAUAUGGUAUUCUGAUUGAUCGAUCCUACACACAAGCAGGCACUCUCUGCAUACUCAGUCUCCUCGUGCUGCCUUCUGUUUUCCUUCGGACACUUUGAUCCACAUUGCCGGAUUCCAUUGACCAAUGACAUAAACUACAGACUGAGUUCCUGCAGCCCCUGCCAGAACUCAGUGUCGUUCCCAACUCACUCCCCUGUCACCAGCCAUACCCAUGGACUGCUUUCCCCUUAUGGCCAAGAAAGCUGGAGUAGCCUUUCACUCAUACAGGGACAAUGGGCCCCUUGUCCUUUGUUGCUAGAAGGAAAGAAGGUUCAGCAGACAGUGAGUCUUUCAUACUUGGCUUCAUGCCUGCCUGCAUAUCACCAGACAGUGGGGAGCAGUGUCUAGAAAAGCCAGUGACCAUCUACACCAAACUAUCUACUCUCCACCCAACAUCGAAUUCUCCCAAUGGCUGUUGUAAACAUAAUUAUCAAACCUCGUGCAAUCCUGACAAUUCCUGGAUGGCAGGGGAAUUAGCCUGCAGCUAGGGACCAAAGGGACAUGAAGGAGUGUAGAUCAUGUGUUUUUUUAGUCUGUCCUAUGACUAGCUGUCUCUUCUAUUUCCAAUCUUGUCAUGUGUGUGGCCAUGACACUGUCCAAGUAACAGGCAGGUUCAGCUAAGUUCCUUUCUUCCUAGUCCUAGUUCUUCACAUCUCCUGAUGAAAGGAGAGAGAUUUUCUUAGGCCUUGUUUGUUUUUUCUAUUAGUUGGGGUUCCCAUCUCCUUAAUCUGACUAGGAACCCAAGGCCUAACUAUGUCUUUUACCCUCCUCUGGUGCCUUGGUUCCAAAGAGUGGAACUUAUCUGAAGAGAAGGUCUAUGCUCCUUUCUCACAGUUCUUAAACAUCCAGAGCUCUAGAGAAACCCAACUGAACGUAGUAGACAGCCCUUCCUUUGUCAAUGUCAGCGCAUUUCUGGAACACUCUGGAAGUCAGAAGAAGGAAUAUGGCUGGUGUAUAGAGACUGGGUGACACACCCCUACUGCUCCUAAAUUCGGGCCAAGAGAGCAAGGAUCUAGGUCAAACUCUGGUAAUCAGGGGGUGGUUUUUAUUUUUUUUGUUUUUUUGGGGUUUUUUUUUUUUUUUGGUUCUUUUUUUCGGAGCUGGGGGCCGAACCCAGGGCCUUGCGCUUCCUAGGCAAGCGCUCUACCACUGAGCUAAAUCCCCAACCCCGUAAUCAGGGUUUUUAGCCUUAUCAUACUACUUUUUGGACGUCUCCAAGAAGGAUGGCCCCUCCAUCCUGGGACCCUGAGUGACUGAAAUGUCAGGUAGGAGUGUCUGGAUUUCAGAAGAGCUGAGUGUCCUAACUGAUUCUGUUCUUCAACAAGCCCUGGCUCUGGAGCAGGUAUCAGUAGAGAGAGAACUAGAGGGAUGAGGAGUGAGGAAAAGUCGUGUCUUGACCCCCUCUGGGUCAUCUCACUAUGUGGAAAGCUCUUCUGUGUGCUCACCCUGAUGCCAGCCUUGGCAAAGGCCAAUGGUUCCAUAAUCUGCUUUGGAAGUUACAGGGAAAAAAUCCCUAUCCUAGGUGUUUUUCCAGCCAAAUCAACCUAGCUAGAGAGAUGUGGUCCUUGCCUGGCCCUGUGACGCCCCUCCACUGUGUCUGCCAAAGAAUUUGCCAGUGGGGAAGUAGUUGGGGGAGCUUGGCUCUCACUCACCAAAGUCUGUGUUCUACAGCAGUGCCAUGGGGGGAAGGCAUCUUGGAAGCUGUGAGGGGAAACGUACCCUACCUAUAAUGUCAGAAUCCUACCUAUGAUGUCAGAAUCCUACCUAUGAUGUCGGAAUCCUACCUAUGAUGUCAGAAUCCUUCCUAUGAUGUCAGUAAGGGGCCCCUUCCCCUCCUCCCCACUCCUCUUCUCUCCCCCUUCCCUUCCUCCUUUCCUCCUCCUUCCUCUACAAACCCAGUGAAGGGAACAGAGAUAAAAGGAACCCAUUGGAGAUUCUUACAGUGUUUUUUGGGAGUCUGUUUAUUUGUUUUUAUAUGCCAUAUUGUCACCUUGCUAGGGAGUCAGUUGAAUGUCACACACACACACACACACACACACACACACACACACACACACACACCCUAAGGUGCAAGUGCUGGAGGUGCUGGCCACAUAGUGAUUUCUUUUUUUUUACAGAAGGGAAGGGCUAUGGUAGGCAUGUUCAACCUGUUCGCUCUCUGGUUGUGUAUCCCAGAAAACCUAUGAACAUGACCCAGCACAUUUAUAGAUGAUGUCCUAUUAUAACAGAAAAGCACUGGGCGCCUUUGAAGAGGGACACAUGAAAGAAACUAGAACAAUUCCCAUGAGUAGAAAUGGCGCCGUGUUCUUCAUCUACAGUGAGGAAACACUGCCACUCUUAAGCUCAGCCUUCUCCUCCAGGCAUCUUAAGAUGUCUGAUCCACAUAGAAUGUGCAAAAGAGGGGCUGGAGAGGUGGCUCAGAGGUUAAGAGCACUGAAUGCUCUUCCAGACGUCCUGAGUUCAAUUCCCAGCAACCACAUGGUGGCUCACAACCAUCUGUAAUGGGAUCUGAUGCCCUCUUCUGGUGUGUCUGAAUGUGCAAAAGACCCUGGUCAUCCUGGUGUGUUAGGAAAACCUUUUAAGCCAUCUCUGAAAGGGAGUUGGAGAAUGGAGCCGAACUUAUCAAGCACUGCAAAUCAAUUCAAUGCCGUGAGUGAAGUUUGAGCUGAGAUCUUUCUACUACAUUUCUCUUAGGUCUCUGCUAGCAAUAAGGAAGUCAAGGCCAAGUAAAACUCAGUGCAGAUGUGAAAUGUCAUAUCACAAGAACCAAGUGGUCUCAGAUGCUCACUGCUUUGGAGGUGUAAACCCCUCAUCCCCAUGGGAAACCCUAGGCACUGCAAUUCCCCAGAAUCUAAGUGACGUGAUGGUGUAAAGCUUACAGAGCAGGUGACAUGCCUUUUGCUCCAGCAUAAAUGAGGCAGUUAUGCAAAUCUGCCACCUAAAAUCCCCUCAGCGCCACUCAGCAGGCUCAUUGCAGAGACAGUUCGGGAAUGCAGAAGCUACAGGGAAUUGAAGGGUGGUUUCCUUUUCCUUUUUCCUUUUUUGGGGGGGAACAAUGUGAAAAUACUAGGGAAUGAACCAAGGGCCUUAAUGCACGUUAAGCAAGUGCUUUAGCUUUUAUUUGCGAUAGUUUCUGCCUCCUAGGAUUUCCCAGCAUGGAGAAACACACCAAAGUUAAAAGUAGGAAGAAACCAUUGGUAGUUAAGGACAGGUGAUUUAUAAGCAAGCAGUCCCUGUCGAGGGCCCCUCAGAAGGUGUCACAGUGACCCAUAAGCUAUGGGCACCUUUCUGUUCUGCACACAGCACCCAUCCACAGCUGCACCAGUCCCUCAGACUUGAAAUCCACCUCUCGGCCUUCAUGCCAGACCAUGUACCCAUCUCUCCUGCCCUGCUUGGACAUGUGCUGUUUUUUUUUUUUUUUUAAUUUGCCCAGUGCCCUGAACAAAGCAAUGAUGACAGAGAAACAGCAGGGUUUACACAUCUCUGUGAUGACCGCAGUUAAGAGCAACCUGUGGGAGGAGAGAGUCAUUGGGAAGUAGAGGGACAGAGCCCCAGAGUGAGCACUGCAAUGUCUGGUACUCUCAUAAAUACUGCAAUUCUACAUCAGUCUGCCAGUGUUACUAAGGAAAACUUCCUCCGUGAAAAGGGUCCACAUAAAGCCGCUCCCUUCCGCCCUCCACCCCCAGUGUGUGUGCUCAGUCCACUUUUAUGUCCCCAAGAGUACCUGUCAUGUGCUAUGCCUGUUCCCAGAGAGGCAUGGAAAGAUGAGCAGGCUUCUAGGCCACUCAUAUCCACCUGCCCAUCCCACACCUGCCCCUCCAGGCUCCACGACACCACAGUCUGACUGUUGUAAAUAUUGUUGUACAGUUUGUAAUCAAAUACUCCUGUCGUCAAAGGCCCUGCCUGCUGCGCCUUCUCCCCCUCGAGCAAGGCCAGGGAAUCUAGAAGGGAAAACCUUCAAGGAGAGCUUCAGGGUCCAUCUCUGUGUGAGACGCUACUGUAUAUUCCUGUAAGAUUGCAUUUUUAUCUAAGGAAUGAUGUUAUUUAAAAAACAAACAAAAACGCAAAAAAGAAUUGCAAAUAAAUUUCUUAACAAUGUC